AUGAGACAGAAAUUCAAUGGUGGUGAAGAUACGAACACCAUUAUGGAACAAGCGACUUUUCUUCUUUUUUCGUGUGAGAUACAAAGAUCGUGUAUGUUUAUCCGACUUCUUGUAGCAUCCUGUUGGUUAUCAAAGUCCAUUGACAAACGUGGUAAUGAGCACGUUCUGUUCCACUUGAACCACCAAACGAUAAGUAACGAAGAAAGAAAAGUUGUUACUAACAUUGCCGUCAUUGUUAUAAUUGUGGGAUUGUUGAAAAUGGCGAAACAUUUAGCGAAUAUUUUAGGGAACUCUGGUAUUACUACUCCAGUAGGUAAGUGUACAAUCAUAGACGGAUGGCUACCCACUACCGGUAAAUGGAAUGAAGGAGGUAUAUUUAAGGGUUCAGAUUCCAAUUUGUAUUUCCACAAUGUGGAUCCUCGUCUUUCUCAGAUAGAUGCAAUGAAUCAGGGAAUUAUAGGUUUUAGAUCUGGAUUUUUAUUAUUCAAUUGGAUGGAUACUCGUACACGGGUAUAUCUACCCAGAUUUGAAUGGAUAAAUACUCCCAAACAACCAUUGAACCUUUCGAUUGCAACUAUUCGGUUUACAUUCAUCUCAAUUUGA